GCUGCUCUGUUUCAUAAGUUCCCACGUUCCAUUUAGAAGCGUACACACAGCUUAUUAUGUCCGGGGGAAUAGCGCUGGUGCAGGGGGCAAGCAGAGGGCUUGGACUUCAGUUCUGUAGGUACUUGGUUCUUUCCAGAUACGAAAUCAAUGUUCUAGCAACCUGCAGGAACCCCGAGGCAGCCACAGAGCUGCAAGAAUUACAAAGGCAGUAUCCUAAAGCACUUCGUAUCAUGAAAAUGGAUGUAACCAGGGGGACUGAUAUUCAGCACACAGCAGACAAAGUCAAGGAGGAAUUCGGUAGCCUGGAUCUCCUGAUUAACUCUUCGGCAAUGCUUCAUCCCAGUGGCAAGGGGGAGACUAGCCUCAGGGAGGUCACUGCCGAGGAUCUGUCUUUGACAAUUGCUACAAACACCACAGGACCACUGAUGAUGGCUAAAUAUUUUGCACCACUGCUAUUGAGAGGAACAGGAGCUUUUGGAGCUGAAGCUUCUGACAAGUCAAGGCAGCACCGAGCAAUUCUUGUGAAUAUGAGUGCUAAAGUAGGCUCGAUAGAGGACAAUGCCCUAGGUGGAUGGUACAGCUACCGAUUGUCUAAAGCGGCUCUAAACAUGGUGACCAAGAACCUCUCCAUUGAGCUGGGAAGAGGAAAGAACAAAGUGAUCUGCGUUUCCUUGCAUCCUGGAUCUGUGGACACAAACUUGUCUCGGCCUUACCAUAAAAAUAUUCAGAGGGAGAAACUGUUCACAACUGAGCAAUCUGUGUUUUGUCUAAUGAACAUCAUUGAAACUCUAAAUUUAGAUAAAACUGGGAAGUUUUUCUCAUGGAAUGGUUCUGAACUUCCUUGGUGAAAUUAUUGUUUUUACAUGAUAUAUGUAUAUUUUUAGGUAAUAAAUUUAAUAUAGCACUCCUUAUAAUAUUUGGAAAUUUGUGCUAUUGCAUCAUUUUAAUCCAAGCUAUUUUGCUUAAUGCUUUGUUCAGGAAACAAGUGUAUAAUAACUUUUUUUUGUUUGUUUGCUUGUUCAUAAAAGGAGCCUUGUACUCUGAAAUCUUAAA